AUGCUGUGUGGUGACUUUGUCACCACACAGUGGGCAAACGACCAGCCUGCUUGUGACCCUGAUAUCUAUUGCAUGACAGUUCACCUCUUUGGGGGUGUUUGGAGCCCAUCCUUUGCUGGAUUCGCCCUACGGCAGAGGCGGGGCAUCUUAAUCAUGGUCAGCUCUAUAUAUGAUUCUUUAGGUCUCCUUGCUCCAGUGAUUACACAUGGUAAACUUAUCUUCCAAGAAGAAUGUCGAAGAACCAUUGCAUGGGAUGAACCACUGACAGGCCUGAAUGAGUUGGCCUGCCGACGGGGGAAGAAGGGACUUCAACACCUAUCACGGGCGUAUGGAUCUGUGUCCUAUUUAAAGACAACUCGUAAGGAUGGCUCCUAUUAUGUGACCUUUGUAUGUGGUAAGGCCAAACUAGUUCCGAUAAAGAAACUCACCAUUCCUUGUCUCGAGCUGUGCUCUGCAGUUCUGGCCUCAGAGGCAGACAAACAAUUGAGAAAGGACAUAAAACUACCUGUUUCCCAGUCCGCGUUCUGGACAGACAGCACAGCGGUGAUUCAGUACAUAAGGAUUACCAAGAGGCGUUUCCUUAUCUUUGUAGCAAAUUAUAUGGGAAUGAUACAUGAUAUGUCUAAACAAUGGCGAUAUGUCAGCUCAGAAUCAAAUCCUGCUGAUGACGCCUCUCGGGGAGUAGAAGGAGACAGAUUCACCAGUGAGAAUCGAUGGCUACGGGGACCCUCAUUUUUGGGCCUGGAUGAGAGGGACUAA